ACUGGUGAGAAUAGAGCAUCUUGGUCAAUAGCCGCUUUCCCAUCGGAAGUUCCGGCUGGUUUCCUCUCUAUGGCUCUGGAGGAGCGGAUGUUGAUGGCGGCGGCAUGGAGGGAGACGGAGGCGGCAGUACGGGGUCGGUUCCUUCUGCCGCGGGGGGACUCUGGCAACAGAUCCUAAGCCUCCGCCUGGUGCCUCGCUCGGGUAACAUCACUGGAGCCGCCUGCCCCACCGCCCUCUGCCAGUUCCCAGAAAUGUGGUAUGGCGUCUUCCUGUGGGCACUGGUGUCGUCUCUCUUUUUCCACAUCCCCGCAGGGCUCCUGGCGCUCUUCACCCUCCGGCGGCACAGAUACGGCAGGUUCAUGUCGGUGAGCAUCCUGCUGAUGGGCAUUGUGGGGCCGAUCGCUGCCGGGACGUUAACAAGUGCUGCAAUUGCUGGUGUUUACAGAGCUGCUGGAAAAGAGAUGAUCCCCUUUGAAGCCCUGACUUUAGGAGUUGGACAGACCUUCUGUGUGGUGAUAAUUUCUUACUUACGGAUAUUAGCCACCCUUUAGCAUCAUGUUGGGGAUCAGAAGCCAAUGCGAACAGAACAGCAUGCAGGAAAUGGGGUGAAGAGUACAAGGGACACAAUCCAUGAGGGAGUCCUGUGUAAGCCCCACUGAAAAGGGCAGGCGCUGUAGAAGAGCUCUCCCAUGCUCUUGCAUAGCUUCCGUUCAUUUCACUGAGGCUUGCUCAGGAGAAUUUCUAGUGGAGCAAUGCAAUUUUUCUCCAGUAAUUGUUUCUAGCGGUCUGGAGUGGCCCCCUCUCAUCCUUGACCCAGCAGCUGAAAAUCCUGAGGAAAGCCAUUGUUCCACAAAGGCAUCUUAUGGACUCCAAAUGACAUUCUAGCACAAACCUGGUUGCUUUCUAACUGCAAGUGAGGCACUGUUGCAAAGUAUCUGGAUCAAUUCUCUUUUGGUCAAACAAUACAAGAAGAGUGUGUGCGUGUGGGAGGUGGAAGGAAGGCCAAAUCAGAGAUGGGGACCCUUGUGACAGUCCAGAUGUUGUUGGGCUCCAACUUACAUCAGCCCCAGCCCACAUGACCAAGGGCCGGGGUGGUGGGAGUUGCGGCCCUCCAGAGGUUGUUGGACUACAGGUUCCCUGGCCCUGGCCUAAAUGUUUCUGGAGCACUGCCUUGUAUCCUGGAAACGUUCACAUCCGCCUCUGCUAUUGAACAAGCUUUCAGCCAAUACUGGGUUUAUAUUUUGUAAAUGUUUUUGUAACCUUAAGUGCCAAGCUUUUUUUAGAGUAAUUUUUUAAAACUCAGUAAACAAAUGUGAUGACGCCGCUGUCUUACAGUAACCGAAACAUCCUAGGCAGUUUCCAUCCUAGGAUGGUUCCAUUGGAGGAACCUCACUACCAAAUCUGAUUCCUGCCAGGGAGAUGCACUUUAAACCAUUUCAUAGAAAAGAAUGUGAAUUGGAAGCUGUAGAAGAGAUGUCAGAUGGCUCUUCCUGCAAGAAACGUUUUGGGUUCCAGUCAGUGCUGUGUUUAGACUGCAGUAAAGGCUGAGACAAAAGGAAAAAUUCUUUAUUGCUACCUCAGAUACAUAGGAUGGAUUUGAAGUGCAGUUCUACAGGAAUAUGCAGGUUGUCAACAUGUCCCUUCUUUGUGAAACAAACAGUAGUUGGAUGAAAUCCAGUAAUUGCUAUGAUAAUUAGUUCUGAAUGCUGGGAUGGUCCCUUAUUAAUAAAAUCCUGUUUUAUUAGGCUGUGCAGAUUCCAUGUGAAAUAUUUCUUAACGCUUGUUUUACAUGAAGAGUAUUGUGAUCAUCUGUUGUCUUAAAUCUUGUUUUUGUUUUUUAAUAUUGGCCUGAAUUUUUAGAAGUAUGCAUAUAGGAGCAUGUAUUGUUUUGCAGGUGGAGCUUCCUGCUGGGGGCUUGGAUCUUUUUUCGGACCCUACAAGUGCCUGGGCAAUUUUGCCCCUUCACCAGUCUUAUUACACUUGCCAGUCCUUUAUUCCUCCUCAGGUGCCAUCCUAUGCAGAGUCCUGACCUGUUAUCUGGAAAUUCAGAAGUGCUUCCUCGAGAUAAUUGGGGGAAAGGUUCCAGAAGUUUACUGGUCGUUGGAGAGGAGUGGGAGAUGUGGUACAGGCUUCUCAUGGGACUCUACAUCCUUACAAUACAAACAGGGAAUUGCUUGUUUAAAAAAUGCCUCUCCUGUCAAAAUCUACAGACAAUUUCACUCUUACAGAAAGGCUGUCGUGGUAUGCUUUGAAACACCCCCCCCAUGCUUUCUGAGGGGAAGCUUCCCUGAUUGUUUAAAAUGGCUCUAAAUGUGGUGAUCAGUUAGGCUUUUUAAAAUAGAUAAUCCUGCCAAUAACAACUUGGAUUAUAUAUUUUUGAACAGGCCCUGCUCUCUGGUUCCCCUCUCCAGCGACCAUUAUAGAGUUCGGGUCAAGUGAUUGGCUUUGCCACCAUCUCCAAGCAGUAAAAGCUCUUAAUGUUGUCAGUUGCAUAGAUUUAAAUCUGAGUUGCUGACAAAAGAGCAGCUAGUUGGGGAAAGGCUGUCUGUCUUUUUGUAUGUAACCAUUAGGAUUAAUUGGUCUGAUUCUCUGAUCUCAUCAUGAUAUUUCCAACCACUUGGUUGUGGCUUUCCAUGCCUUAAGAACAGUUGAGCACUUUGUAGCUGUAAUUUGCCACUUUCACAUUUCCUGGAUCUGAAAAAAGGCAAGGUAUGCUAAUUCUCUCUCUCUAACAUCUAUUCGAGUUUGUAACUUCUUGUUGAACCAGCAGCUGGUGGUGGGGGGCUUCCCUUUUCUGUUCCUCUGAUGUACCCCACCUUCAGAUUUGUUCCUUUGGCCCUAACCGUUUGGAUCACAACUUUAGCGCGCAGAGAAAGCAUUCCACAUCAGCUAUGCCAGGGCAACCUGUGGCCCUCCAGAUGUUGGACUCCAACCCCCAUUUGGAGCAUAGCUAACCGUCAGGGAUGGGGGGGGUGUAGUCCAGCAAUAUCUGGAGGUCCCCAGGUUCCCUGUCUCUGAACUCAUAAUUGGGCCAACUAGCUUGUUAAUAAGAACGAUAUCCAAUAACUCCAUAAUCAUCAGGAAACAAGGGAGGGGGGGCUCAGGGAAACUGCAGAGCUUCCUGGAUUCCCAUUUUUUUACCAAUCCAAAUGAAAUAUCAGAAUGGAAUACCUCAUUACUAAAUGUUAAACCUGUUGAAUGACAGCAGAGCCUAAACGGGGAUAGAUAGGUGAAUGCAUCAAUGCCGUUUACUGUUUUUAUGAACUCUGCCACAGGGUAAGGUGCUUUGAAGGAACACCUUCUCUUCCAUGAGCUCUUUUCAAGAACUGCAACCAUGAGCCCAAUUUCAUGGCGAGUAUCCAACUUUGCUAUAUCAAGGCUCUUUCUGAGUCAUUGUUUUUCACUAACUGCCGUGGCAAAUGUGAACAAAUCUUUGUAAGGCAGGGAGCACACGACUGCUCAUAUCAUUUAUUUUUCUACUCACACUUUUGAUUUUUGCAUUUGGUAUUUUAGCUAAUAAAAUCCCUCCUGAUCUUUGUGUACAA